GGUAGACAUUCGAAGACCAACAAACACUAACUGAAAGGACUGGGGCUUUUAAAGACAGGACAAUCAAGGAAAGGGACGAGUCUUCAUGGUUGGACCACAGGUUGCCUUUGAGAAAAUCCCUCGACUUGACACAACAAAUUCUUCUGUGGCCAUCGAUCUCAUUGGGAUCGCCAAGAACAACAAUGAAAGGUCAGCUGCUGUGGCUUUCAUGAGCUACAACACGAUGGAGAAUCUACUGAAGCCAGACUUCUUCAAAACAUCAAAUAACACGGUUAAAACCAUGAUGUCCACAGUGAUCUCAGCUACUCUUCCCAAAACCACCAACACUAACCUCACAAAACCAGUCAACUUCACCUUCAAACACAUCAGAGAGUUUGUUCCCAGCGGUUCUCUGUCCUGUGUGUACUGGAAUAUCAGCGAGUGGAUUGUAGAUGGCUGUUCUGUUUUAAAGACCAACAGCAGCUACACUGUGUGUUCCUGUAUUCACCUUUCAACAUUUGCUCUCAUCAUGCAAACCAGCCACCCAGCAGAGAGCGACUCUCAGUUGGAUCUGUUGAAUUUGGUGUGUGUGAUCAUGGGGCUGGUGUUCUUCAGUUUGGCCCUGUUGACCUUUCACCUUUGUCAGUGGAGUUCUGGAGUGAAUAAUGUGGCUCGAAUCAACAUCUGCAUCAGUCUUCUGUUGGCUCACCUUCUGUUCCUGCUCACACAGAGGUUCCUAAGCCUCAUACGGCCUCAGCAGGUGUUGUGUGCCGUAAUCUCAGGCCUUCUGCACUUCCUCUUCCUCUCCGGCUUUGUGUGGAUGUUCAUCGAAUCUGUGAUGCUCUUCAUCUGUGUGAAGAACCUAUCACAGAUCAGCUCCAAAAAGAGGGAGGUGCUUAGCAGUGGAUUCCUGUGUGUGAUUGGAUAUGCAGUUGCUCUGGUUGUGGUGUGUGUGUCUGUUGGUCUGGUUCCGGAAGGCUAUGGCAGUGAACACUGCUGGAUUAAAAUAGAGAAAGGCUUCAUCUGGAGUUUUCUGGGUCCUGUUUGUGUCAUACUAGUGUCAAACACGAUUCUCUUCGUCAAGAUCAUCAUCACUCUGAGCUCAAAACUCACAAAUCUUAAUGCUGAAGUUUCACAGAUGAAACAAACCAAGAUUAUAGUGUUUAAAACACUGGCUCAGUUUGUUGUUCUUGGUUGCUCCUGGAUUCUGGGUUUCUUCACAAAAGGCAGUAAAGUGCUGGAGAUCCUCUUCCUGAUCUUGAAUUCCCAGCAGGGAACCUUCAUCUUCCUCAUCUAUUGUGUCCUCAAUGAUGAGGUCAGGCAGCAGUACAAGAAGUUCUUCAGAUGUCUUUUCUGUGUCAAACAACACUGAGUACUACAACAUCAAUGAUGGCAAUUUAAAUGAAAAUGAUAAAUGUAAAUGAUGGCAAAUUAAAAAGAAAUGAAAACUCCAGAAAACUAUUUAAUGUUUGCAUGGUAAUAAGAAAUAGUUCUACGGAAUUGUGCAAGAUUAACAAAUUUAUAACUUUACAAUUAUAUCUUUGUUGAGCUCAGACAGCUCCAGCUGAAUGACUUUAUGACUUAUUUUGUGAGGAUCCAUUUUACAGUAUAUUACUUUAAAUAUUGUACUGUACUAUAAUAUAAACAGUUUUUUUUUUUUUUUUCCGGAAUGAGGGACACAGGUUUUAUUGAUAUAGUGAAUUUACAUAUGAAACUAAACUAUAAAAAUAAGUAAAUGAACAGCUAAUGUCUUCAGUGUAAGUAGCUUGAACUUUGUAUUAAAACCGAAUUGAAUUUUGCUUUUGUUCAGGUCACAUUUGGGUUU